AUGUCUGAUGAUUUUUUUAUUGUUUCAGGGAUAGAUGAAGCCUCCGUCGUGCUUCAAGAGCCCGAAUCGGUCACGUUUAUAAAACGCGGCACCGACGUUAUUUUGAGAUGUCAUCUGGACGCAUCCGGGGAGGUCCACUAUGAGUGGUUUCGGAACACAGACCAUUUAACGAAAUCAGCGAGGCUUGAAAUUAAAAAGAAGAGGUUGCACAUCAAGUCGGUGGAGACAUCAGACAACGGGGUUUACAAAUGUGUCGCCAAAAACGAGGCGGGUGUUCAACAUUCUACGAAGAAUUUCGCUCUGAUAGUUCCCGGUAACCACACGCCACUUAUACAAACCGUGCCUUCAGAUUUAAUAAUGAAGCAAGGAAACACUGCCUUUUUGGACUGCUCCUACCAAAAUGCCGACGUAAUCGAGUGGUAUCUAAAAGACCAACGUCUUAAGAAUAAUAACAGAAUUACCAUCCAUUCUAACGGAACUCUUCAAAUCAACGAUGUCGGCAAGCUCGAUCAAGGUCUGUACACCUGCGUCGGGAUCAGAAGUGAAUCUGCAGAGGUUCCUCAAAGUUACACUGCCGAAUUAAAGUUAGCAUAUAUCGAACCAAUGACAUCCGCCUCUUUUGAACCGACACUGCCAGAAAACUCACGGAAAAUUAUUGGUGAAGGAUCCAGUUUUCAACUUACCUGUUUACCGCCAAAAAGUUUACCUCCCGUGAAGAAAUGGUGGGAAAACCAACAUGGACAUACGAUUUCGGACACCGGUGAUAUUCGAGUGGACGAUGGACGACUUAUCAUUGAUCAUGUAAAACCUGAAAACGCUGGAUUCUACAAGUGUGUCGCUGAAAAUAUUGCCGAUAUCACUGAAAAAACCAUCGAAAUUGUUGUUACAAUGAAACCAAAGAUAACGGUACCACCGGAAAGUGUCACAGUUGACGAAAACGAAAAAUCGGUCCUCACGUGCGAGUUCGAGUCGUCGUCUAGGGAACACACCGUCCUAAAAUGGAAGAAAGACGGUAAAACUUUGAAGCACGAGUACGACGAAGGCGUCCUUUCGCAUCCAAGGGUCAAAAUUUUUAAACAGAACGGAACGCUCGUGAUCAGCAAUACCCAAGCCAGCGAUCGUGGGGAGUACGUGUGCGAGGUGAUUACUGCUGGGCAAAAACCUGUUUUUUCGAAACCUGCUACGAUAUCUGUGAUAGAACAAUUAAGAUUCGUACCUGCUCCGGUAAACAAAAAAAUGGAACUGGGCAGCAUUGCUAAGGUACAUUGCAAGGCUCAAGGCACCCCUCCGCCGAUUAUCCGUUGGGAAAAAGAAGGCAUCCCGGUGGAGAACCUAUCUAGCCACAUUUCCGAUAUGAACGGCACUCUACACUUCAACGGAGUUCUUGGCGAAGAUAAAGGCCGGUAUAAUUGCAUCGCUAGCAACAGCCAAGGAAUCAUCAACGCUUCCAUACAAAUAGAUGUUGUAGUUGCUCCGAAAUUUAGCGUUUUGCCGAAGACCCCCACCGAGGCGGUCGAAGGGGAAUCGAUCUUUAUCGACUGCGUGGUGGAAGGCGAUCCGAAGCCGACGAUCCAGUGGGACAAAAAUUUGAAAAUGAACGAUUUCGAUUUGGAGAGAUUCCAGGUAUUGAAGAACGGUACCUUGUACAUUCAGCACGUUCGCAAAGACGACGAAAACAAGUACGGGUGUACUGCUGGGAGUAGCGCUGGCUUGAACAGAAAAGAAGUACAACUCAUCGUUCACUCGUUAGAUAGUAUGCAAGCAGGUGACUCAACAGUCACAAGAGCAGUGCUAAUAACGAUGUCAGUAGCCGGAGCCUACAUCAUCUUGGUGGUCGGUUUGAUGGUGUGGUGCAGAUAUAGAAGAAAGUCGCGGAAAGUACCUCUUGCUGAUGUUCCAAAAGCAGAAAACGGCGAUUUAGAACACACAGAACUUAAAGAACCGAUCAACGGUACCAGUUCAACUGCCCCCAAGGUCAAACUCAACGGUAUAGAGAGCCAUAAAGAGGGACAAAGAAGCGACGGUGCAGAAACAACCAAUUCCCAAUCGUCAAACCACUCGAAGAAGUCGAAAUCGAGUCUCUAUGACAAACUAGCUUUAUCCAGGAGUCAUUUGAAAGAACUUAAGCUAAUUGGUCGUGGAGAGUUUGGCGAAGUAUUUGUGUCUAAGACGACCAAAAGCGUCAUCGCCAACGAAAAACGAAACUCCAAAACCUCCCAGUCGACCUCAGAUGCCGACGACAAAGAAGUUCACGUACUAGUAAAAGCUCUUGGCAACACCAAGGAUGAACAUUGUUUAGCAGAAUUCAAGAGAGAGAUCGAUUUGUUUAAUAAACUCAACCACGAGAAUAUUACGAAGCUGUUUGGACUGUGCCGAGAAGCUGAGCCGCAUUAUAUGAUCAUUGAACAUUCAGACUGGGGCGAUCUGAAGAAAUUCCUGGUGGCUACAAAAACCGGCAGUCCUCCACCUCUAACGGCCGUGCAAGCUGUUGCCGUUUUGCAUCAAUUAGCCCGCGGUAUGGACUAUUUGGCCAACAAUAGACAAGUUCACAAGGAUCUAGCGGCGAGAAACUGUUUGAUAUCUUCUCUACUUGUAGCUAAAGUUGGACUGCCAAGGUUAACUAGAGAUCCUUACAGUCAGGAAUAUUGCAAACAUGUCAAUCAGGUUAUUCCUCUAAGAUGGCUGCCGUAUGAAGCAGUCUAUGAGGACGAAUACUCAACGAAGAGUGACGUCUACGCCUUUGGCGUCUUAAUGUGGGAAAUAUUUGCUCAAGGAGAAUUACCUCAGUCCAAAAUUAACGAUAACACUUUCCUAAACAAAUUAAAGGAGAAGAAAAUCGAGUGGAAGCCACAUCCCUCCACGCCUGAAGAGCUGAUCGCUUUGCAGGUGUGA